GGAGUGCUAGCUUGUAACAGUAACUGCACAGAGCUGCAUGACAACAAUUGGCAACCUUGUUCGUAAAAUGUUGUCUAAUAAGUUAUUUUAAAAGCUGUUUAGUUCGUUGCACGAAACUUCUCAGCAUUUGGACAAUAACAGCUUGAGAUGACUCAGUGAAUUUACAACGAUGGCUUGCACGAAGUAUAUGAUUCAUAUAUCUGUGAUAUUUCUACUAAUUAUCAACGUGUCAAGGCAAGAAAUUCUGGAUUUCGACAACAUAUUGCCUGCCAACCCUAAAAACUACGAUAACCUGCAACCUCCAAGAGAAAAAGGUCAGCCUACUGUUGUGCGUUUUCACGUCACAGUUCUAAGUCUAGACUCUAUAGACGAAGGUUCAAUGACUUACGUCGCUGAUAUAUUUAUGUCACAAAGCUGGAAGGACCACAGAUUACGACUUCCUGAAAACAUGACAAUGUACUACCGGCUACUUCCAGUUAGUUGGCUCAAACAGAUGUGGAGACCAGACUCUUUUUUUAAAAAUGCCAAGAAAGUGACAUUCCAAGAAAUGACUAUUCCAAACCAUUACAUUUGGCUAUACAACGAUAAAACUAUCCUUUAUAUGGUGAAGUUAACGCUUCUCUUAUCUUGUGCUAUGAAGUUCGAGACUUAUCCCCACGAUACCCAAACGUGCACUUUAAAAAUUGAAAGCUUGUCGUAUACUACUGAUGAUCUAGUCUUCGACUGGGAAGAAGAAGUACCACUGGUGGUGGACGAUUCAAUUGAGCUACCACAACAUAACCUAGUGGAGACCAAACUAGGAGACUGUACUCAGGUGUACUCUACAGGAAAUUUCACGUGCAUCAAAGUAAUCUUCAAGUUAAAGCGCCGUCUAGGAUAUUACAUGUUUCACACGUACAUCCCUACUUGUUUGAUUGUCAUCAUGUCUUGGAUUUCCUUUUGGAUCAAACCGGAAGCUGUUCCGGCCCGCGUCACACUUUGUGUAACUAGUUUGCUAACUCUGUCGACUCAACAUGCGCAAUCGCAGAAGUCACUUCCACCGGUGUCCUAUAUCAAAGCGAUUGAUAUCUUCAUGUCGUCUUGUACAGUCUUUGUAUUUGCUUCACUAAUGGAGUACGCUGUUGUGAAUAUCAUAUCUGGUGAUGGUGACAGUGAUAGCAACGAACCAGUAAAAACGAACUUACGAAGUGUCGUCCUUUCGGCAAAGGAAGGGAGCAAGGUUCCAAAUGGGGCUAAAACAACACUGCUUCUAACCAGUGCCCAGAAAAGAAGAAAUAAUGUUAUCAUGAUAGACAAAGUUUCGCGCGUCGCUUUUCCCUUAUCCUUUGUACUGUUGAACGGAAUUUAUUGGUUUGUGUUCUUGAACAUAAGUGCAGAGAAUUUUGAAAUCUGACGAAGUUCUGAUUCAGUUUUCACCGGACUGGGUACUAUGGCAUGAUUUAGGAUCUGGACUUAAUUAAACUUAAAUAACAUAUCAAGAGAAAAAAAAUACUACCCAAAUAUUUCGCUGUGAAAUGAUACAGUAAAAGUACGUUCAACUGGUACAUCAUUUUAUGCACUGGUGAACUUGGUGGAGUGAAUAAAUGGAUGGCUGAUGGCCGAUAAUGAAAAAAGCGUUGCGACAGUGGACUUGUUGCUGAAUGGUUGCUUACAAGCUACAGAAAUACUGAUCACGUGAAGGAAUGUAGUUGAAAAUUCGUAGCAUUAAUAGUGAAUUGAAAAUCCGUGAAAUUAUAGAUCUAUGUAAUAGCGUAAAUAUUCGUAGAAACUCGAUACUCAUUUGGCUCCAAAAACAUAAUGAUACUUAUGUUCAUGUCGAUUACAAUAUGCCUAACAAGGGCUUCUUCAUCUUCUCUAUAGAUUACCACCUUUUGCUGAGUUUCUGAGCUGAGAGUAGAUUACUUUACGAUGCUGGCAAAUGUCAUGGUGUGAAUUACCUACGAUCAAAUAACAGAAAAAACUUUGUUCUCUUAGCAUUCUGGAAUAAUUGGCUUGUAAAAGUACUCAGAAGACGUAAUCUUUCUCUCAGUGUAGUAUAUUAGUAGAUUCUAACUUUUCAAUAAUGCACUUUGUAGUUAAUUUAAGCAGUAGGACAUUCAUGUUAAUAUAUUCCAGUAUAAAAAUGUUUAAUGACCUUUACGGGUACGACAUAACCUGUCAUUUCACUUCGUCUUUCUAUAAGUAGAGCUUAUAUGUAAGUAUGAUAUCGUAUUAACAUAUUAAAAACAAAAAAAACAAAAACAAUUCAAAUGUCUUUAUGAGCAAGCUUUUAUUAUUUGAUUGUGAGAUAAUAAGAAACUUUAAAUUGAACGAAUCUUAAAAGUUUUAAAAA